UUCUUCCUCCAUGGUUGGCGCGCUUUCCCGGCGUUUGUUUACCUUCCGCGGCGGCCUCCUCCCAGUGCUCCUCCCCGCCUUACAAUUACACGCCGCCAUGGGAAUUACGGGCCUUUCCAAGCUGAUCGCCGACGUGGCCCCUGCAGCCGUCAAGGAGAACGAGAUGAAGAAUUACUUUGGCCGUAAGGUUGCUGUGGAUGCCUCCAUGAGUCUGUAUCAGUUCCUGGUGGCGGUGCGGCAGGAGGGACAGAUGCUGACCACUGCGGACGGCGAGACCACCAGUCACUUGAUGGGCUUUUUCUACCGCACGAUCCGUAUGGUGGACAACGGCAUCAAGCCCGUGUAUGUGUUUGACGGCAAGCCCCCCACCAUGAAGGGCGGCGAGCUGGCCAAGCGGAAGGAGCGGCGCGAUGAGGCUCAGAAGGCGCUGGAGCAGGCCGAGGAGGCGGGCAAUGUGGAGGACGUGGAGAAAUUCAGCCGUCGCCUCGUCAAGGUCACGAAAACCCACACGGAAGAGGCCAAGAAGCUGCUGGAACUGAUGGGCAUCCCUUACGUGGAGGCCCCUUGUGAGGCAGAGGCUCAGUGUGCGGCCCUGGCCAAGGCUGGUAAGGUGUAUGGGGUGGCCACGGAGGACAUGGACGCACUCACCUUUGGCACACCUAUCCUGCUGCGUCACAUGACCUUCAGUGAGGCGCGCAAGAUGCCAAUCAAGGAGUUCCACCUGUCUAAAGUGCUGGAUGGACUUGAGCUGAGCCAGGAAGAGUUCAUUGACCUGUGCAUCCUGCUGGGCUGUGACUACUGUGACAGCAUCAAGGGCGUCGGUCCCAAGCGUGCCAUCGAGCUGAUUCGCCAACACCGGAAGAUUGAUGCGGUGGUGAAGCAGCUGGACGGCAAGAAGUACCCCGUCCCAGAGGAGUGGCCGUUCUCCCAGGCCCGGCAGCUGUUUGUCGAGCCGGAGGUGGCCGACCCCAAGGAGAUUGAGCUUAAGUGGAAUGAACCCGACGAGGAGAAGCUGGUGGACUACAUGUGCGGGGAGAAGGGCUUUUCCGAGGAGCGCAUUCGUAACGGCGUGAAGAAGCUGGUGAAGGCUCGCAACGCCAGCACGCAAGGCCGACUCGACUCUUUCUUCAAGGUUUUGCCAUCACCCAAGACCAACGGCACGAAUAACAACAAAAGGAAGGCUGAGGAAAAGGCUGGCAGCACCAAGAAGACCAGAGGUGGAGGUGGUAAGGGGAAGUUCAGCAAGGGUAGAUAGGUAGGUGGGGGCACACACACACACACACACACACACACACACACACACCUAAUACUAUUCUACAAAUUAUUGAGCAAAAUGGAAGAAGUAGACAAGAAGAAGUUACUACUAAAAGAAAAAAAAUACCACUAGGAACACAAGAGGACAUAGUAAAAAUUUGAGGAAGGGAAGAUGCUUGAGAGACAAAGAAAUAUAGCUUCCUGCAAAGAAAUAUAGAGGUUUGGAACAGACUAAGUGAGGAUGUAGUAUCGGCGAGGAGUGUGCAAAGCUUUAAGGAAAAGUUGGAUAAAUGUAGAUAUGGAGACGGGACCACACGAGCGUAAAUCCCAGGCCCUGUGAAACUACAACUAGGUAAAUACAACUAGGUAAAUACAACUAGGUAAAUACAACUAGGUAAAUACACACACACACACGAACACACAACAGCCACCCAGUUUGUCAGGAAGCCAUUGUAUCAUCAUUCAGAGGUUAGCGAAAGCUUUUGUCGUUCAUAACUACCCUCAACGUUAUUAUUAAGACGUUUUUCUCAUUGUUUAAUUAUUAUAUUAUUAAAGGUAAAAUAUU